CACUCCAAACAUUCUGAUGGUGUUCAUAAAUCCCUGCCUGGACGCGGUAAAAUCCUCACUCAGAGAAGUAACUCCCCAACAGAACCCCCCUAAAACCUUGCCUCAAUUCGCAAGUCACAAUCCUCCUUGGGUUCUAUCGUCCACCUAACUCUGCAGCAAUGGCUGCAUCUCUAUCAGCAUCCACAUCGCCAUGGACGUCAAAUUUGUCUCUCAGAAAAACCCACUUCGUAUUUUCACCACAAAAUAGCCGUCCAAUCAUUACCCACAUCAAACAAUCCCCUUCCAGCCCCAAUGCUGAGUUGAAGUUUCAAACUUUGCCCAAUUUAAACCCCUCUAUUGUAAUUUCACCCCUCGCUCGCGCUGCAUCACGAGUUUCCUCACGUGGGUUUCUUGAAACAGACGAGGAAGAUGAGCUUUUGCCGUUGUUUGAGCGGCCGGUCAAAUUUGCCCUUUGGGUUUUGGUCUGGGCAUCUGUAUCGCUUGCUUUGUUCGCGGCUUCCGGAAAUGCAAAUGCUGCUGCUGCGGCGGCUGCGGAUUCAAUCAGAGCCUCCAACUUUGGCCUGAAGAUUGCGACGGCGCUUCGAAGCUCCGGCUGGCCUGAUGAGGCUGUGGUGUUUGCUCUGGCCACACUUCCGGUCAUCGAGCUUCGUGGGGCUAUUCCUGUUGGUUACUGGAUGCAGCUUAAGCCUGUUCUGCUAACAGUUCUAUCUGUUAUUGGGAACAUGAUUCCUGUGCACUUCAUCAUACUUUACCUGAAGAGAUUUGCAUCUUUCCUUGCUGGAAAGAACAAGGCUGCAGCUCGGUUCCUUGACUUGCUGUUUGUGAGGGCUAAAGAGAAAGCUGGCCCUGUAGAGGAGUUCCAAUGGCUUGGUCUGAUGCUGUUUGUGGCUGUGCCUUUCCCGGGAACAGGAGCAUGGACAGGGGCCAUCAUAGCUUCCAUUCUCGACAUGCCAUUCUGGUCAGCGGUGUCUGCAAAUUUCUUUGGUGUUGUGUUGGCCGGGCUUCUGGUAAAUUUGCUGGUGAACCUUGGCCUCAAAUAUGCAGUUGUUACUGGUAGUGUCCUCUUCUUUAUUUCCACAUUCAUGUGGAGCAUCCUUCGGAAUCUUAAGAAGUCUUUAAGCUCAUCAAACUGACAUGAAAUUUUAAAUUUGUUACCGACGAUUGAAUUUUUGAGCUUGUAUACAUUCUCUAUUCGCUUCUACAUGUUCAUUUGUGUCAAAUUUUCAAAGCAUAGUUUGACUAAUUACACAACAUGGUGUAGAAGUUCUAUGAAUACCCUCGCAUUUUGUUACUAAUAUGAUUUGUUCAGCUGUGGUUCGGGGCAAUCAAAGCACAUGUAUCGGAACUGAGUUGCUACAAUCUACGAUAUGCUUACCUUUCGAUUGA